AGCUAGUGGUCCUAUUAGCUCAGUGAGCUAACAUUAGCUACUGUCAGCUACAAGUCUGUCAGGAAAGUCCAUAAAGCAAAUUAUUGGAUAAUUAAUGUUUUGGUGUACAUUGUUAAAUAGUGGUUCAAUAGUUAAUUUUCAUUUGGACUUUAAAUGAAAUCCAACAGGUUCGGGGUUCAGGGUUCAGAGUUCCUCUGAGCAUACGUUCACUUCUUUACUCUGCUGAACUUUGUAUUUCCUGAUCAGUGAAUAUAAUCAGUAUCAGUGUUUCUAUCUUUGAACCUUUGAUCCUAAUUUAUGGCUUUCUAACAAUAAUUAACACUGAUUCAUGAACCUGCAGCCAUUUCCCAUAAAUGAGUCAGUACAGAGGAAGACGAUACAGUCUGCUGAUUGAAAAUGUUCCACCGGUUCUUCAUUCUGCUUUGGCUGCUCAAGGCUGUCUGUUCAGCUCAAUCCACAGGUGAGUCCACAGGGUCUGUAGCCACCAGCUGUGAGUCCUGUCACCCACUGGCUCGAUGCCACACCUCCCUCCAUGACAACAGUGUGGAGAUUGUGGGCGUGUCCUGCCACUGUGAGGGCGGCAUGGUGGGAGAUGGAUUCACCUGCUACAACAAAACCACCUGCGACGAUGGCUGCUGCAGCCAAGGUUACCGCUGGUCGCCACUGCAGGGCUGUGUGGAUAUCGAUGAGUGUUUGCUGCCCCGUCUUCCCUGUGGUCCCGGCCAGCUCUGUGAAAACACCGGAGGCUCCUUCACCUGCCUGGUGGCGACCCCUGAUCCACAAAGUCAAACGGCUACUAGAACCAAACCCCGGUCGGUGAAGUUUGCCUGCGGCGGCACACAGUGCCCUUUUGGUCAGGACUGCCUCCAGGUGAACGGCACAUCUCAGUGCAUUGACCCAUGUCAGCACUACUCUCCGUUACAAGAUGACUGGCGAGCCACAGAUUUCAGGGUGGACCCAGAGUCUGUGGCCUGCGACAGCCGCACAGAUUGGCAGGGCUGGUACCGUCUGUUCAUCGGUAACAACAGUGUCCAGAUGCCAGAGAGGUGCAUUGAGAGUCACAUGUGUGGGACCGAUGCUCCGCUGUGGCUGCAGAGUCCCCACCCGCUGGACUCGGAGGGCAUCGUACGGGCGAACGUUUGCGGCAGCUGGGAAGGAGAUUGCUGCCAGUUUCAGUCCAACCUGAUCCACGUCAAAGCCUGCCCAAGAAACUACUACGUCUACAAGUUUGUGAGCCCGACUUUGUGUCGACUAGCUUACUGUGCAGAUGUCAACACCGUGGUGUGUAGUACCUGCGCUGAAGGUGAGACCUGUGUGAGCGAUGACAAGAUCAACUGGAGGUGUGGAGAUCCAGACGUUUCAGCCCCUCGGGUGAGGCUGGUAAACGGUAACUCAGAGUGCUCUGGUAGAGUGGAGGUCCUCUAUAACAACCAGUGGGGAACAGUAUGUGAUGAUCUUUGGGAUUUAAACGACGCCCAGGUGGUCUGCAGACAGCUGCGGUGUGGCCCCGCCCAGUUGGCACUUGGUAGCACCAACUUUGGACAGGGUACCGGACCGAUCUGGUUGGACGAUGUUGCCUGUACAGGCAGUGAGUCGGCAUUAUCAGAAUGUGGCCAUCAAGGGUUCGGAACUCAUAACUGCAACCAUGCUGAAGAUGCUGGUGUCGUCUGCUCAGAUGAACUUGGUGGUUUUCCAGAGCCGGAGCUGGAUUGUGGACAGGACCACCUGCGCCUGAUGGUCCAGAAGAGGCUGCUGGAGGAACGAGGGCUGAACGCCUCCUCCGCCCACCUGAUCGACCCACGCUGCCAGCAGCAGGUUGACCACCAGGAGGCGAUGUGGUACCUGGUGGAGCGAAGGAAGAGUGUCUGUGGAAACGUGGUGAAGACUAACGGCACCCACAUUACGUACUCCAACAUUUUGUUCGUGUACCCAUCUGGUCGGACCAACGGCUCGAUCUCUGUCCCGAUGAGCAUCCCUUUCUUCUGCGUCUUCCCACUGGAUGACAUCACCAGCCUCGAUGCUGCCAUCCAAUACCAGCCACUGAGAGGAGCGGUCGGCGUGGUGCGUUCAGGUGACCCCACCAGAGCGCUGAUGACUCUGUACAUGAGGCCAGACUUCAACGAGCCGUUUCCCGCCGGCGCCGUCAGCCUGCCUCUUGGCUCCGCCCUGCACGUCGGCGUCUCCAUGGAGAACUACGACAACAAUGACUUCGUGCUCCUGCUGGAAAACUGCUACGUCACAAACUCCCCCGGAGCCGACGACCCUGUCAGGACCUCUCUGAUCCAGGACAGGUGUCCAGUGGACCGGCACCAUGUGACGGUGGUCGAGAGCGGUCUGUCGCAGCGAGCUCGCUUUUCGGCGCUGCUCUUCCUGUACCAGGGGACCUACGAGGACGUUUAUCUGCACUGCAGGAUCAGCCUGUGUGACCGGGACAGCGCCACCUGCAGCCCUAACUGUUCCAGGCGACGGUCUCGCUCUGCUGCCUCACCCAAUCAGCUUCCUGUCAGUGUUGGUCCAAUCAGCUGGUUCUGAGGAGCUACAACUGUUCAGUUUCUACCUCGUUAGAAACAACCACAGACAAAUCACUGAAUCACAGACAUAACCACCGAAUCACAGACACAAUCACAGACACAGACACAAUCACAGACACAGACACAAUCACUGAAUCACAGACACAAUCACUGAAUCAGACACAAUCACUGAAUCAGACACAAUCACAGACACAAUCACUGAAUCACAGACACAAUCACUGAAUCACAGACAUAACCACCGAAUCACAGACACAAUCACAGACACAGACAUAACCACUGAAUCACAGACACAACCACAGACAAUCGCUGAAUCACAGACGUAAUCACUGACACAACCACAGACACAAUCCCAGACACAUUAACUCAAACAUGCUGAUUAAGAAGAAAAUGUGAAUAUUUGAAUGAUGAUGAAGCUAAAAUAAACAGGAAGCAUGACUAACA